AUGGCAGAACCACAUGUGGAUAUCUUCGAACACUUGGACGUGGGAAUUGGCGAGUUGCUCUACAACAGACACGCUGAUGAGCUUCUUGGUAACAAUGAUCCCAGAGAGCAGCUAAGAAGGCUAGAGAGACUCAACCAACUCAUACAAGAAAGAAGGCGGCAAGAGGCAGCAAGGCUGUUUCGCUCGUACUGGGGUGUGGUCUAUGUGGGAGACUAUGUGCCGUUGCCCACGUUCCAGUACGGACGGUUCUGGACGGAGUACGUCCCCCAGAUGCGCAGAGCCACCAUGCAAAGCUUCGUGACAGCAGUGGAGUUGAUGAUCCGGAUGAUGAGAAUAAUGCUUUUCGUGACUACACUAUCGGUCUACUUGCAGCAUGCGUUCGGAUUCUUCAAGAUCAUCAGCUUUGGCAACAACUUCAUCUACGAAACCAUCUCGUACGUGUACCAGGACUCGCCAGCGUUCAUUAACCGAUGUGUGUUAAUGAGGCGUCACGGAAUGGACAUCACCCUGGUGUUGCUGAACGAAUAUGCCGACAGUCUGGCGUGGGCAUUGCUUGUGGAGAUACCCGAACUCAUGAUCGCCCUGGCCAUACAGUUAGCAUGCCAUUACCCUGAGGGUGAACCGGUGACUUGCCAGGUGCUGGGAACCGGAUUGCUCUUCAGGUUUUCCAACGUGUUGGAGCAGUACUUCGUCAGUCUCAAGUCCAUGCCUCGCUGGUACUUGAAGCUGUUAUCGCUAGUCGUUUUCUACGCAUUCUUGAUAGCAAGAGCCGUUGUGUGCUUGAACGUGUGCUUGUUCUUUUUUAUCAACCUUCUAAAACGAUUGAACAAGUAUGGGCUUUUCGUUGUACGGAUGGCUGAAGCAUGCGUUGUUGCUCUUGAGUACAUCAUGUGA